AUGGGAGCUCAUAUGGAAAAGAUGAAAAAAUUGCUUUGCCUAGACUGUGUAGAUGAAACGAGGAAGGUUGGGAUUUCAGGUCCUUCUGGAAUUGGUAAGAGCACCAUUGCUAGAGUUAUUGCUAGAGUUCUACAUAGUCAAAUCUCCGAUGGUUUUGAGCUGUGUGUUUUCAUGAAGUUCAAACCAAGUUAUGAAAGACCAAUUUGUUCUGAUGAUUACGAUGUGAAAUUGCAAUUAGAGCAACAAUUUCUAUCUCAGUUAGUUAACCAAGAGGAUAUCAAGAUUCGUCAUUUAGGAACUGCACAAGACUUUGUGAUGGGAAGGAAAGUGCUUAUUGUUCUUGAUGGGGUAGAUCACUUAGUACAAGUACAUGCCAUGCCCAAAGCGGCAUGCCUUGGUCCUGGAUCUCGUAUUAUCAUCACCACACAAGACCAAAAACUUUUGAAAGCAAUUCAGAUCAAACAUAUUUAUAAUGUGGGAUUUCCACCAGAUGACGAGGCUGUUCAAAUCUUCUGCAUUCAUGCUUUUGGUCAGAAUUCCCCUGUUGAUGGUUUCGAGAAGCUUGCAUGGGAAGUGACAAGCCUUGCUGGUAGGCUCCCUUUGGGGCUUAGGGUUAUGGGUUCUCAUUUACUAGGAAUGUCUAAGCAAGAGUGGAAAGCCGAACUACCAAGGUUAAGGGUUUGCCUUGACGGAGAAAUUGGGAGAACAUUAAANACGAAGCCUUAUAAGGAUCCAUGCUAA